GCGGAAGCGACGGCUUCCUCUUCCCUUCUCCAGAACUGGGAAGCUUCGCUUGUGAAUAGCUGAGCAGAGGACGUGGGGAUGGUCGCUGCACUUUUGGAAAUGCGAAGCAGCAGUUCUCCAAGGCCUUAGCCUUUCUGAUCUCUCAAGCAUCUUCUACAUCAGGUGAUGCCAGAAACGGAACUGGAGUUCUUCAGCGUGCAAGAAGCCAAGCACCUUCUUGAUCCAGGGAAGACAGAGGAACAUUACCAGCCUUUGGGUAUCUCCUGAUUUGUCAAAAGUCUCUGGUACUUCCGGACAUCCUCAGGAUUACCUACCAGAAUAGCCUGAGCCUUGGCAAACAGACAUGUCUGCUACCUAUGCAGGAAGAGGCAGGGAGGGGUGUUAAGAAGGCAAGCCGCUUGAACUGAGUGGAGCAAGAAAUGACCACCGAGCAAAGAGAGGUGGCCUUAGCAGGCCUUGAGGCCUCUGUAGAGAAGGGAGUGAAAAUGGAAGAUACGGACUCCACCAGCCCCUCUCCUUCUGAAGGUCUGAGAAGAUCCAGGAAGGCCCCUCAUGUUUCUCAGGUUGCAACUGUCGAAGAGUGUCUGAGCAGGGCAAAGCAAGCGGAGCAGGAGACAGAUGACAAGUUGUUGUCGCAGUGCUGUGAAGCCCAGUGGCAGGAAUUUCUGAAGACGGUCCAGCCUCCUUCUUCAGGGUGGAGCCACUCACCACUCUCAGGGGCAGCCGUCCUGGUUCCCCCCGAAAUGUCCCCUGGCAAUUGCCAUGGAUCCAUGCAGGAGACGGCGGGUGGACUUCUUUCAGGCCUGAAAGAAGGGUCCCAAAAGGCCAAUGUGACUGGAGGAAAAGUGGACCACGGAGACAUGCAGGGAGAGGCUCUGGGCGACCAGACCCUCAGCACAGAGAUGCGGCGGCAGUGCUUCCGCUGGUUCUGUUACCAGGAGGCCUUGGGGCCUCAGGAGGUUUACGUCCAGCUUGAAGAGCUCUGCCUGAAGUGGCUGAGGCCUGAGGUGUGCACCAAGGAGCAAAUUGUCGACCUGAUCCUCUUAGAGCAGUUCCUCGCCAUUUUGCCGGAGGAGAUCCAGAACUGGGUGGGGGAAGCCAGCCCAGAGACCUGUGUCCAAGCAGUGGCCCUGGCAGAAGAUUUCUUCCUUCGGCAACAAGAAGCCGAACAGUGGAAGCAGGAGGUUCUGGGAGAAUUUGAGGAGGUGGCCAUAAGUUUCUCAAGAGAAGAUGAAGCUCCAUCGGGCACGGUGGACAGGAAUCCCUCCCAAGAGAUCAAACAGGAGGACUCAGAAGGAACCACCUUGUUAGCAGAUGACAGUUGGGACAGCGAGACUGAAAUAACUUCGUUUGAGGUUUCAGAGGAAGGAAUCAAGCCUCGAGACAUAGCAGAAGACUUUGGGAACUUGGAGGGACCAAGGUGGGAGGAGGGGAGCCAAAUCGACAAGAGAAAGAACAAGCCCAUCCUUUGCCAGAGUGACAAUUUGGGUGAAAUCGUAUUCCAGCAAAGAGUAGGCCUAGGAAAAAGAAGACACAUGUGCAAUAUGUGUGGGAAAGCUUUUACCCAAAAAUCAAACUUAAACAGGCACCAGAGAACCCACAUGGGAGAAAAAAAGUAUCAGUGUUUUAAAUGUGGGAAAGCCUUUAACUGGGAGACUAGCUUUAUCAGACACCAGAGUUUCCAUACCGGGGAAAAGCCUUAUCUGUGCACCGACUGUGGGAAGAGCUUUAGCCGGAGUGCAAAUCUUAUCAUCCACCAGAGAAUUCACACAGGGGAGAAACCGCAUUGCUGUGUAGACUGUGGGCAAAGCUUUAGCCAGAUCUCCAAUCUUGUCCGGCACCAGCGGAUCCACACAGGAGAGAAGCCAUACAAAUGCUUGGAGUGUGAGAAGAGCUUCACACAGAAAUCAAACCUUAUCAAACAUCAGAGUGUCCAUUUGAGUGACAAGCCAUACAAACGGUCAGCUUGUGGGAAAAAAAUUAAUCAGAGGUUAAGCCGUAGUAAUCUUGAGAGAAUCCAUGCAGGAGACAACCCCUGUUCAUGUUUUAAGUGUGGGAAAAUCUUUUCCCGGAGAGGCAAUCUUCUCCGGCACCAGAGCAUCCACACAAAAGAUAAACCUCAUAAAUGCUCAGAAUGUGGGAAGAGGUUCAAUCAGAGGACAAACCUUAAUGCGCAUCAGAGAAUCCACACUGGAGAGAAACCUUAUAAAUGUCUGGACUGUGGAAAAAGCUUCAGGUGGAGAGCGCAUCUCAUCAUACACAAGAGAUUGCACACAGGAGAGAAGCCACACAAAUGCACAGAAUGUGGGCAGAGCUUCAGCCAGAGAUCCAACCUUGUCAGACACCUUAGAAUCCACACUGGAGAAAAGCCGUAUAUCUGCUCCGACUGUGGGAAGAGCUUUGGUCAGAAAUCCAACCUUAUUAAACACCAGAGGAUUCACACAGGGGAAAACUUAUUCAAUCAGAAGUCCAAUCAUAUUAGUGAAACAAUCCUCCCAGGAGAAAAUCCAUACAUAUGUUUCAGGUGUGGCAAAAUAUUUUCCCGAAGGGGGAACCUUCUUAGACAUCAGAUUAUCCACACCAGAGAGAAGCCACACAAAUGUUCGGAUUGUGGAAAAAGAUUCAACCAGCGAACUAACCUCAUUAGCCAUCAGAGAAUCCACACAGGGGAAAAACCUUUCAAAUGCUCUGAUUGUGGCAGGAGCUUUCGUCAGAGUCCGCACCUUAUUAAACAUCAGAAGGUGCAUACAGAAGUGAAGACAUCCCUUACAAAUUCAGAUUAUGGGGAGAGCUCUAGUCAUAGUAGAAACAAGAGAAUCAGUACUGAAGAAAACCCUUAUGAAUGUCUCCAGUGUGGGAAAAUGUUUACCUGGCAAUCAAACUUUAUCAGACAUCAGAAAAUCCAUGCUGGUGAAGAGCCUCAUAAAUGCUCCUCCUGUGGGAAGAAGUUCAAUCGGAGGAAAAACCUCAUUGCUCACCAAAAAGUCCACAUGAAAGAGAAGCCGUUUAAAUGUUCAGACUGUGGGCAGAGUUUUGCAUGGGAAGCACACCUGGUCAUCCAUCAAAGAAUCCACACAGGAGAGAAACCCCAUAAAUGCAUUGAGUGUGGGCAGAGCUUCAGUCAGAGAUCCAACCUUGUCCGACACCAGCGAAUCCACACAGGCGAGAAGCCCUAUAAAUGCUUGGACUGUGGCCAGAGUUUCAGUCAAAGAACACACCUUGUGGUACACCAAAGAAUCCACACAGGGGAGAAACCACAUAAAUGCUCUGAGUGUGACCAAGGCUUCAGUCAAAGAGCACACCUCAUUGUACACCAGAGAAUCCACACAGGGGAGAAGCCGCACAGAUGCACAGACUGUGGGCAAGGUUUCUGCCAGAGGUCAAAUCUUAUCAGACAUCAGAGGACCCAUUCUUGUGAGAAGGAGAAAUAGAUAUAAUGAUGCUACAGGAGAACUUCCUUUUGGAGCUCGUGGUGUCUCAGUCAGCCAAAGAUACACAGUACAAAGAGAAAAAUGUUUGUAUUACAGAGAAAAAUUAAGUUAAUACUUUGGCUCUUCUUCAUGUGCAAACCCAGUGAGGACAGGAGCAAAACUGUUUGAAUCCAUGGGUUAAGUUUGACAAUUGCAAGAAGAGUGAAUGGGUCAGUGUUGUCUGUGCCCAGAGGGAGGAGGUCACUUCCAAUGUGCCUAAGGUCCAGCUGCUGUCCUCCUUCCAGCUCUUGAGAACUUCCAGCAGAGGUCUCUGAGGGAGCCAAUUUUGCCUCAGGAAGGACAGGGACUUUUUCUAAUGUGACACCUCUGCUCCAAAGACCAUUCCCAUCCCAGUCUUGAAAAACAGAGCUGCCCCUUGGUGCGUUCUCUAGGAAAACCCAAGAAUGUGCCCUAUUGAGAUCAUCUGAUUACUCCCUUCUAUUUCCCCUGCUGGUUUCUUCUCAACAUUCUUCUCUUCAGUUGAAGUUUCUGGCUCCUUCUUCUUGUACUUUGGGUAAUUGGGGGUUGGGUGUACCUGUGUUCUUGUUUCCUAUCUAUGGUUGGAAUGCAGUGCUAUCCACCUUCCAGCUCUCAACAACUGUCUUCCAGCUAGGUUUGCCCUUCUCGUGGUGGGUGAAGAUCUCCCACUGUUACAACUGAUCUCCAGGAGGCAGAAAAUGGCCACUUUGGAAAGUGGACUCUGUGGCAGUAUACUCCACUGAAGUCCUGUCCCUCCCCAAACACUGCCCUCCUCACACUCGACCCUCAAUUUAUCCAGGUAUUUCCCAACCUGACCUCGCAAACCUACUUCCAGCAACUCUUGGAGGACCCAUUUUUCUCCUUUCCUUUUUUCCCUCCUUCUACCGGCGCCUUUCUCCUAAAGACCAUAAGUCUGUAAACAAAGUUAUUCGGCAGCACCUGGCCAAUUUAGGUACUUUAUUUUUAAAAAGUGGUUAAUAAAGGAAUCUAAAAAGCUGCGAAAGUAGGGAAAUGUUUGGCUAGAACCAAAGGUGGUAAGCUGAUUUGGAGAACAGUGUGUCCCCUCCACCUCCCCAUUGCUCCCUGUGACUUUCACAUAUGAAGUAGCCUGAUACUGAACAGAGUAAGGGAAGGGGUCAUGGUGUAGACCAAUUUUGUCAAAUCUUGGAAGGUAAGUAGGGUUGGUACUUGGGUGGGAGACCGUCAGGGCCAACUUUGCAGAGGUAGACAAUGGUGAGCCUCCUCUGCUUCUCACUUGCCUUUACAGCCUUUUGCUGGGGUUGCUAUAAGUUGAUUGUGACUUGACCACACUGAUUAAGACCAGUGGCCCACCUAGCCAGGUAUUGCCUCCUCUGACUGGCAGGUAUUACCUAUGCUCUAAGACAGAUCACAGUCAAGGGGAGAAUCCAAGGGUUGAAUGUGGGGCCAUCCGUGUACAGAGCUGGUACUUUACCUGUGAGUUGCAGCAGUGUCUAUCCAUCCAAAUUUGUUUUAUGCAGACUCAAACUUUGAUCCAUUUAGCUCAGUAUGGUGUUCUCUGAAUGGCAGUAGCUGUGUCUGGAAGAAGUCAGGGUCACACCAGCGAUAGCAAGCUGAGGAAAAGAAUCAAAGUAUUGAAAAAUUCCUUCACUGUUAUUGCACUGGUGGGAUCAGGAAGUAACAAUGAAGGAAUUGCUUAACACUUUAAUUCUUUUCUUGUGCCAGGUAUCUGCCAGAGCAGGAUAUUUUCUUUCUGGGUGUUGAGCAGAAAAGUGUCUUUCCUACACUUGCUGUACGAAAUACUAUAAUUGGUAAUAUCGGGGGACUGGCAAAAAUAAAUUUGUCUUUAGUGACCAAGUAAUUAAAUUCUGCGAUUCACUGCCAGUGGUAGUAGUGAUGCCCACAAGCAGAGACAGCUUUAAAAGGGGGUUAGACAGAUUCAUGGAGGAGAGAUCUAUUGAUAGCUACUAGCUGCAUGGACUAAAGGUAACCUCCAUGUCCAGAGGCAGGCAGCUUUUGAAUCCCAGUGCUGAGAGGCAUGAUCAAGGAAAGGCCACAACCUCUAUGCCCUGCUUUUGGUCCUUCAGAGGGACUGGGUGACCUUGGCCUAGCCACAGGACUCACUCAGUCCCUUUUACCUCACAAGAUGUCUUGUGGGGAGUAGAAGGGAAGGAGUUUGUAAGCCGCUUUGAGACUCCUUACAGGAGAGAAAGGCAGAAUAUAAAUCCAAACUCCUCAUCUUCCUCUUCUUCACAUAACUCAAUCAGAAUAUUGAUCUCUGUAGUUCAGUAUCAUCUUCUUUGACAGACAUUGACCAUAUUUGAAUCACUGUGUAAAGAAUUAUUUCCUUGUGUCCAUCCUAAAUCUCCUGCCUGUCAGCCUCUUUGGAUGCCCUCAAGUUCUAGUAUUUUGGAAGAAGAAAAAUUACUACUACAGUAUCAGGCAGUUUUGUUUCUCUGACAGUUUUUUCUAGUAUCUGGGAUCCCUUUUCUAAUGAACUUGGGCUGUUUUGUAUGCAUAGUGUCCAUUGUAUCACUUAGCCACAGCACUUCCAAAGUAAAUAGACCUCUAAUAGGCUCAUAAUCUGGGAUUCUGUAAAGUUGUGUGUUCAGAUUGUAGCUGGCCUCACCUCAGGGUGUAACCCUGCAGUAGGCCUCAACUGGUAAACUGAGGGAAGAUGUUAUGGUGCAAGUCUUAUUCCAGAUGGAAUUCAAUUCUAGACCCUCGUGCAUUCAAAAUCAAAUUGUGCCUCCAGACCAAGAAAUCUCCACAAAACCCUUUCUGCCCAUGGCCAAGGUUUGCCCAAGUUUUUGAAAUGUCAGUGUCUGGAAAAACCCUGCGAUUCAGCGUUCAUUAGGCUUUGAAAUGUCCCCUUGGAAAAAGAAACUGGGAGAUUUUCAGAAUGAAAUGAGCUGAAGGCUCAUUGCACUACCUAGCUGUACAAACGAGGUUUUAAAAUUCAACAAGGACACGUUGAACAUUUGAGUUGCAGUUUUCAAAAGCCACUUUCCACUGUGUAGUUAGCAAAGGAUUCUGGGAACUGUGUUGGGACAGACACUCGGCUUGUUCAAGCUGAGGCUCACUGGUUUUCUAUUUGACCGAACUGAAGAAAGAGUCUUGUGGCAUUUAAAAAACUGGCAUGCAGUUUUCACGGAGAACUGAAUUUCUCAAGUCUAACUCAGCAGUUUCAUACUGGAGUCACCCUUUGAAUGUCUUUGUUUUUGGUCGACAGCAAAGGAUCCCAUGAGCCUGCAGUGUUCUGAACAUUGCAAUUUUUAAUGUCCAAUUUGUGUAUGACGCUGACCUAAAAGUCACUGCUCCUUGAAGGUAGAAUCUUGCAUUAAAUUGAUGCAUUUAGAAUUUAUCAGGAAGCUUGCUCCCAUCCAAUUUGGGCUCCUUUGUGAUUUUGAGUUCCUCUGUGCUCCAGGGGUUAAAUUCUCUUCACAAAGCAGCAAAAUCAGAUUACCCAAAGACAAAGCAGGGAUACUUCUGGUGUGCAGAAGGAUAUGACUUUGUUCAUUAACCAAGACAGAGGAAAACCCUAAAAAGUCUUAAUCCAGACUGACUGUGUUCCGGGAGGUGUGAAAUAUUAAGAACUGCUACAUUACCGGUAAGAGGGAAAAAGAAGGAGUGGAAGGGAAAACUACCCAUGAGGUCCUACAUGAUUGGGGAGAACAUUUGAGGGGUAGUUUCCAAAUUUCCUCUCUUCUACAAUCUGGAAGAUGUGUUCAAAGAUGUGUUGAAUUAAAAGAUGCCACAAGAAUUCUUUUUAGGUUUUACCAGAACAGCUCAACACAGUGACCUCUCUGGAGUCUGAACAGCACACCUGACUAUUCCUUGGAGUUAGCGAUGGGUGACAAUUUGUGGUGGAUCAGUUCAGGCAAUCUUGUCAUUCCAGCUCAAGAGGGAAACCUUUAGAAAGCUCCUGAAGAACUCUGCAUUCCCUGAAACACAACGUUUAAAACUGGGGGAAGGGAGACAAGAAGCCAGUAAUCGCAGAAAUGGGCAACUUGCGUGUCACGUUGAUGCGGGUCCCCUGCUUUGAAGCUUCUGGAAUGUACUGUACAGUAUCUGAAUAAGCUGCUCUACAAACUCCCUUUUUAAAAAACCUAUCUUGUGACUUUGUGUUGUGUUUAAACAUUGUGGUUCUGCCCUCCCCCCCUUCCCCACCUUUGUGUUGAUGUGUGUUUUAUUCUUGGGAAGAAAUAUCUUUUUCAACAGUUUCUCCUGUAAGUAAAAAGCCUAAAAAUAUAAUAUUUUCCACCUUU